UUUGCAGGGAAGAUAUACUUAGGUAGACGCUCACUCUCCGAACUGCGCGUGUAUUCUGAGUGCUCCUUUUCACUGUGUGUGUCCUGUGAUACACAUUGGACCAUCAGCAUAUCGUAAUCACUGCUGCUACUGCAUUCAACACUUUCUCUUUCCAAUUCCAUGCAUUUUGUUUUUGUUUCUUUUUAAAUCCUUUUUCGCAUGCAAAACUCUUCAUCAACAAUCGCCUUAGUCAUAAUUCGCUUGCGUUAUUGCUAUACUCUUAUAGUAUCACGGACACAGAUAGGUGGUGAAAAUUGACUCAUGGCUGAUAAUGGUGCUGAUCAAUUUCCCGAGUUAGGAAGUGUGUAUAGAGUGUCUGGUGUCAAAAACAGUCAGUUGAGCCGGAAUGUAGCCAAAGGCAAACUGAAUUCUCAGGAAACUGGUGACUCUGGGGUGAACUCAAGGCACUUAGAGAGCAAUUCUGAUGGCAGUGCUCUGAGACCCUGGUAUUCUCAAAGUUCUAGACCAAAUGUAUGGGAAGAUCAAAAUGUGCUUCAGAAGCUGAAGCUGGCAAAGUGGGGUAAUGGUGGAUCAACAGUGGCUGAGAGCAAUAACCUACUAGACAAAAGCAAUUCUCCAGAUGUUCUGAAUGACAGCAAGUUGCCUCCUCAGUCAACAAUGUCUCCAACAUUAGAGAAAGGAUUAUCUGUUGAAGUUGAUACGACCACAUCCAAGGAUUGCGAAAAUGAUCAAUGCAAGGAUGACACAAUUCCUGAACCACAUUGUGAAGACAACAAUGAUGAGAUUGCUGACAGUGAAUCCGAUAUUGUUUUUGAUAGUGAUGAUGAUUGUUCUUUAGAUGACACUGACUCUGAUACUGGAGAGAAAAGCCAUGAAGGGUGCAAGAAGAGCAAGUGGCUUAGGAAAUUUUUUGAUAAAUUAAAUGCACUGCCUCACGAGGAGAUGACUUCACUAGAAAAGCAGUGGCAUUGCCCAGCAUGCCAAGGUGGCCCUGGUGCUAUUGAUUGGUACAAAGGGCUGCAGCCCCUUUUGGAUCAUUCUAGAACAAUACAAACAAGGAGGGCAAGACUGCACCGGAUGUUUGCUGAAACUUUGGAGGAAGAGUGCUUAAGGAGAGGAUCUCCAUUAACAAAGGUUUGUGAAGCCCAUGAUAGAUGGGAGGGUCUUGAUGACAAAGUCAAGGAUCAUGAAAUAGUUUGGCCCCCAAUGGUUAUCAUCACGAAUACAAGAUUUGAGCAGGAUGAAAACAACAAGUGGAAUGGAAUGGGGAACCAAGAGCUCCUUGAUUGCUUCAGGAGUUAUGCCGCUUUAAAGGCUCGAAACUCGUAUGGUCCACAAGGGCACCGAGGGAUGAGUGUUUUAAUUUUUGAUGCAACAACGGCAGGUUAUUUAGAAGCUGUGCGGCUCCACAAGCAUUUUAAAGAGCAAGGAAGAGAUAGGGAAGCAUGGAAUGGCUGUAAGAAUCCAUUUCUCCAGGGUGGAAAGCGCCAGCUUUAUGGUUACUUGGCUUCUAAAGAAGAUUUGGAUAUUUUCAACAGGCAUUCUGGAGGAAAGCCAAGUCUGAAGUUUCAAAUGAGGUCGUAUCAAGAGAUGGUUGAGGGCAAGAUAAAACGUAUAAAUGAGGAUAGUCGGAAGCUUGACUAUUUUAAGAGCAUCAUAGACAAAGAACAAAUCAAAUCACAACUCUCUGCUGACUCUGUUUGUAAAUUAAGUGAGAAGUUAAGCCCAACAAAUAAAGAAAACUGUGUUGAUCAACAGAAAAAGGAGAUGGACGACGGAGAAGAAAAACAUUUUCAGGAGCAAAUUGAAGUUAUUAAACAAGAUAUAGCUGCAAAGGAAGAAAAGUUUGUGAAAUUGCAUGAAGAAAUGCAAGAUAAAGUAAUAGAGUUUGCUUGUGAAGAAUCUUCUAAGAAAGAGAAGGUGGUGGAGAAAAUCUCUGAUUUCUUUAAGGCACAAGAGAAGGUCAUAGAUCAAUUCAAAGUAGAGAGAGCUGAAAUAAGAAGAAUUCACUUUGAAAAACAGUUGGCUCUUAAGAGAAAACAGCGACAGCAACUUCUUGAACUUGAGAAGGAGAUGAAGAAUGAACUAAACCAACUCAUGGACAAGUACAUUCCCAGGCAGUUUGAAGAAAGAAAUGGUGACUAGAUAACAUCCAUCCAUCCAAUGACUUAUAUGUUAUAUGUUCUUUUGCUACAUUUUUCCUGAUUUUUUUUUGGGUUUAUUUUAAAAGUUAAAAAGAGAGAAAUUGUCCCCGUUUUGGUCUAAUUUUUGUUAUAGUGCAUGUUUGCAUUCCAUUUGUAACGUGAAAAUUCACGUUUACUUGAAUCAAAAAAAUUUUGCUUCUAGGUAAAUAUAACAUUAGACGUGGAAAGAGAAUGCAUAAUCCGCGUUUCAAAAUGAAAUUCAAACAUGCACAUAGUGGUACUUAGAUGUAACUCUUGCUUACACUUUUAGGUACUUUGCGUUAUUU